CUCACGACAAUCUCAAUCAACAAGGCUCUUUUAGCGGCUAUUCUGUUGGCCCAAACAGUGUGAUUCGAAUGGGUAUCAAUAACCAAAAUCUUAAUCUUGUUUCUCAUCCAAACGGACAAACAAAAUUUAUCGGUUCGGCUUCUAUUCAAAAUAAUCGAAACGUCGAGUUUACUAACUUUAUCUAUGGAAACUUAGUUUACAACAAUUUCAAUCAACAAGGCGUUUUUACCAGCAAUUAUGAUGGUCAAAACAACAUGAUUCAAAUGGGUGCCAGUAAUAACCAAAAUCUUAAUCUUGUUCUUCAUCCAAAUGGACAACAAACAAAAUUUACUGAUUCAACUCUUAUUCAAACCACUGGAGACGAUAAUCUUCACGAAAGUGUUGGCUCUAUUAACUUCACUCAUGGAAGUUUAGUUCAGGAUAAUUUUAUUCAACAAAGCUCUUCUAAUAAUAAUUCUGCCGGUCAAAACGAUAUGAUUCUAACAGGUGUCAAUAAUAACAAUGACGACAACAUGAGUACUACUUAUCAAAGUGAUCAAAUA